GCAGAUGACCUUUGUGUUAACCAAUCAAAUAACAGCUUACCAGAUUCUGAAAGUGAUGAGACUCAUUUCGAUUUGUUUCUAGACUUGUAAUAUAUCGAUUGUAAAGUACCGAGAAACCCGAACGACCGUAUACAAAGAUGGCCGCGCCCAGUGCAGGCGCAUCUACGCCAAGGCGGGUGUUCUUUUUGGACAAUAUCUGUUUGAUAUGUGGGUUUUCGUUUGUGCAAAAAGAAAUAUCAGCUGAAGGUAAAGAAAUAAUAACCAAAUUCACAAAUCAGAAACUGAAACUUUCGGCAGAAAGAAUCAAAGACAUAGAAUGUGUGGUUGGUGUUAUUGAGUGUGAACGGGUUGAAAAAGGUGGGGUGUGUAUUAAAUGCUACAGACAAGUUCAAAAGCAUAUAAAACUUUCGUCUGAAGUUAAAUCUAUAGGAGAUGCACUAAAUGAGAAGAAAACGCAGACAUUUUCUAGUAAGGCGUUAUGCAUCCCUUCUCCCCAACGACCCUCUUUCCAGCAAACUAGGACAAAACGGUUGCUACGCAGUCCAUUUACAGAUCAGCCAAUGAAAAUAUCAACUGCUACGCAAUCAUCGCAGCUCAGCAUACUUAAAAUCAAGACAACAAGUCUUAAACCUUUCACAGACCUCGUGAAUAGGUCUAUACUGCCGAAACCUGCCACACCCAGAGUUGUACAUGAUAUCACAGAUCCUGGGAGAGGGACAGAAAACGUACAACCAAAACCUACAAGACGGUCUCUCGAUACAGCUUUCAGGGCAGUGUCUCUUGACUCUUUUGAUGCCCAACCAACAACCGAAGUUGAGGCAUCAACAGAAAUAUACAUGUUAAUGGCAUUUGGUGCCUAAUCCAGUUUGGACAUCAUUGAGUGCUGAACAAUUUAAAUAAUUUCAAUCAAAGCAAGAUAACUCUUCAUUUCAAGAUGGAAAAAGAUCAACAUUUAUUGCAAAUGAAAGUCACAAGAAAAUUUGUAAAUUUAUAUUUCGAGGAAACAAUGUGGAGAGGGGAAUUGUUGAUGUGUUAAAACAGUCCUGUCCAGAAGAGUUAAGUUCUGUAACUUCAAGCAUGGUGUCAAAAGAAUGUAAAGAGCUGUGCAAGCGUAGUAAUGAUACUGUAUUACAGAACAGAUCAAAAGAUGGAAUAUUGAAUUUUUCUUGGGAUAAACUUCACCAAGAGUUACAAAUUAGAGCUCCACAUACACUGAAAGUUGUUUCAUCUAUUGUAACAGAUAUCCCCCAUAAUGUUGUACAAGGGAAGCCAUUUUACCAUGUUUUGAAUUCUGUAGCAAUUGCUUUGCAUGGAAGAUCUCGCGAAAUGACAGUUCUACAGUACCUCUGUGGCAUGGUAUUACUGCAUGGAGGAUGCACCCACAGGGACAUAGAAAGGCUAGCCAAAAUAGGAUUAACUGUCACUGCAGAAACACUGAGGAGGAAAAUGGUAACAUGGGAGGAACAUCUAGAUGUUGAUCUGAUCAAACUGAGGGAUGGUUGGAUUGAGGGAGAUGCAUGUAUGAAAAAGUAUCAGCUGGUUGGUGACAAUUGGGAUAAGAACAUAGUACCUUCUUUCAGAACCUCCCAACAGAAAACAAUCUCUUUACAUUUGUUCAAUAUCAUUGGUGUCCUUGAUAGGAUUCAGCCAGCAGUGGUUAAUGAUUCACAGGUACAAGACAUUUCUGAUUGUGAUGCUACAGAUUUCAUACCAUCUGUUGAGGAUCAAAAACUACUUUGUGAAGAACUAACUUUCAUAGUGGCAACAUCUAUCAUUGGAAAUAUUGAUCAGAUGACAACUUUACUUGGAGCUAUAUACCCCAAACACCUUAAACAUGAGCACAGCGAUUUUGUAGGAUUGAAAACGCAGCAGCAUGCUCUCGGUUUAUUCGACUGUAAUGAAACAAAGACCCAAGAUGUAAUAAGGAUGUUGAAGGAGAUGACCAGAAAGUAUGUUCCUAUCCGAGAUGAGGAGAUUGUUGAAGAAGUUUUCUUUGGUGGAGACAGAUUGACUGAUGAAAGAAUUCAAACAGCGCAAGAAGCUAUGGUAAACAAUGAAAAGGCAACAGACCGUUUAGAAGACUUUAUUUCCAAGAUUGAAGAUUUUCAUAGGCUGAUGAACUUUCUUGAGGCAAUAUGGAAACUGACCUACUCCACCAACUCGGGCAAAGACAGAGGAACAGCAUAUUACUACAGAAAUCUUUUGAAUGCCCGCAAUGUAAAGAAAGACGUGAAAAAUUCCUACAGAGCAUACAAGUUCUUGUAUUACUCCAUAUUUGAUGCAAUUUGUUGUGCCCUUUUCCUGAAGGAAAUGCAAAUCAACAGUAUGGAAAGCGAGAUUCCAAUACCACUGUCAUGGAAACAAUGGAGCAAUGAUCAAAAAAUAGAAUGGAUGAAUUCCAUAGCACAACGGUUGGUUAAAAGGUGGUUCUUCGACAGUCAAAUAGAUGACCAAGAUUUGCUGAGGAAUGUUCGAGACGUGCUGUCAGAUCCAGAUCACCCCGAAAACUAUUGGACAUCAAAUGUCGUACAAGACCGUUUCAAGUGUCAUUAUUGUGAUAAGACUUAUGUCUUUAUAGGAAGUUUGAAAACUCAUGAAAAGUCUGUCCAUCAACAUGUUGAAGAGGUCCCCAGUAAAGUCAACGACACAGUAUCUGAGGAACAAGAUGAGCUACAUGACCAUAUGCUCCUUCAAUUUCGUCUCAUAGCUCUGCACAAGAAUUUGGACACAGCAGUUGACAUGGGAGAUGGAAAGCGUGCUGUCCGCUCAGCUAAAUACGAAACACCCAUUUACAAUCUGACAAACAAAACAAAAUACUUGAUCGGAAGUGUUCACUUGACUGGAUUAGUAUCUGGUACAUUACCUAAACAGCAAAGUGAACGCCUUAUUGCAAAUAGGUGCAUCAAUAUCACAGGAGGAAAGAACAACAAUAUAGCAUUAGACGAAUAUGUAGAACUUCUAAACAGAGAAACUAAGGACACUUGCUCUGGUUUUCAAACAAAGGAAAGCAUUAUUGCUCAUUCAAAAGAAUUUCCACAUCUUAUAGAUGCUGUGAAACACUUCGAUAGCAUAUGCGAAAUUCGUCAGAGGAAAGGUUUCCAUAAAUUACCAUCAUACAAGAAUGAUGUAAAAAAGGUUGUAAAUGACUUGCUUGAAAUUAAAGCUCUAGAUAAUUUACCUGGUCGUUCCCUUAUGUGUCGUUCAUUGGUUCGUAACAGAAAUCCAUAUAAGGAAAGUUACAGGAAGCUUGUGAGCAUGAUCCACCGUCAUAAACCGUCACUUCCAUUCAGGCGAUUGCGAAACAAGAGACUGUGA